CGAGACCCCCGACACGCCCGGGAGUUUUGCGCCUGGCUUUCCUCCCGCUAGACGCCCAGUCGCAAACGUCACGAUAAUGACCUCAGGCCCCCGCCUGGUCAAAUCCCUCUAAUUGUCUUGGAAGUUAAGAUACCUUUACCAUUGAUUCACCGGGGUAUCCACCUGCAGCGUCAUUGUCCCCUUUUCCCAUUUUGGUCACUUCCCUAACUACCUAUCACUCAAGCUACUUAAGGAACGUGUGAUCCUUUGAUUUUCUUUCAAGUCUAUACGAUUUUGUUGUUCCCUUUCCUCAACAACCACCCUUGUCACCAAAACCCCCACUUCCACUCCCUUCACACUUCAUCCCGCCUUACUUGGGAACUUUUAUUUCCAUCCCUCCAAUUCAAAGUCAGAACUCCGCCAUCAUGCCUAAAAUCACCGAGAUCUUCUUCGAUUGCGACAACACUCUGGUCCUCUCGGAAGAGUUGGCCUUCGAGGCUUGCGCCGAUCUUGCCAAUGAGAUCCUCGAGAAGCACAACAUUCCCGACCGCUACACCGGCGAUCAGCUCAUCCAGGAUUUCGUGGGCCAGAACUUCCGUGGCAUGAUGAUCUCUCUCCAGGCCAAGUACAAGUUCGAGCUGGCCGCGGACGAGCUGGAGGGGUACGUGAAGAAAGAGGAGGAUAAGGUCAUCGCCAAGCUCGAUGCGAAGGCGCAGCCUUGUGUCGGUGCCAGCGAAGAACUCCAGAAGAUCUAUGAUGAGGGCAAGUACGAUAUUGCGGUGGUGUCCUCGUCCGCUCUCCGUCGUGUCCAGGCCUCCAUCAAGAAGGUCGGACAGGACAAAUUCUUCAAGCCCGACCGUGUCUUCAGCGCCGCCACCUCGCUCCCUACGCCCACCUCGAAGCCCGACCCCGCCAUCUACAUCCACUCCCUCAAGGUGUGCAAUAAGACGGCCGAGGAGACGGUUGCUGUGGAGGAUAGCAAGUCCGGUGCUUUGAGCGCCAUCCGUGCUGGUAUCCCCGUCAUCGGCUACGUCGGCAGCUACAACGGCGAUCAGAAGAAGAUCGAAAUGGCACAAUACUUGGAGCAGCUGGGCGCGAAGGUCAUCAUGAAAGACUGGAGCGAGUUCCCCAAGUGCCUCGCCGAGAUCGAGGCCGCUUGAACGCUAUCUCGCCCCCUCCCUUCCCUCUGAUCCACACGAAGUCACGACAGCGAACGCAUCCACCACGAAGGAGUUUCUUUUCCAGCCUAGCAUAAUAUCCCGAAUCAGACCCCCAAGUCAGACGGAGAGCCCUUUCGCGCUGAUUCCCACCCGUCCGUUUGGGGACCUGGGCGUCAUGCGACGAUAAUCCCUCGACAUCUUUUCAUUUCUUUGUUCCCAGGCACUUCCUUCGAUGGUCGGGACACAUGCAUGCAUUACUACACAAUUUUCUAUCAUAGACAGGACCUAUCAGAAAGACAGAUAUGGUCAGAUCUGAACCUGAGUAUAAUCCAUAGAAAAUACAAAAACUCUCUGAGAU